AUGUCGUCGAAUGCGGCGCAGGCACCCAAGGGGAAGGAAAAUCAAAACGCAGGCUCGCCAAACCAGACGCUUUAUAUCAAGAACCUGAACGACAAGAUCAACAAGAAUGAAUUGAAACGAGCCCUCUACAUGCUCUUCACCACACAUGGCCCCGUGCUUGAUGUGAUCACAACUCGAGUUGGCGCAAAGGCCCAAAAUAUGAGAGGGCAAGCACACGUGGUGUUCCGUGACAUACAGACAAGUACUCAAGCCAUGCGAGCCCUACAGGGAUUUGAGUUGUUCGGCAAGGAAAUGGCCAUCGCAUACGGAAGAGGUCAAUCUCAGGUUAUCCCCAGGCUGCGCGGUACCUUCGAACCACCCACAAUUGCGACUGCGACUUCAGGAGCGACGGAACUCCAGAAAUCAAUUUUCAAUGCCCCACCAAGUGCGAUUCCUGCAAAACCGGUCGAAAAUGGUGUUGGUCGAACUGAGGCAGUUUCCGAGACUGGACCUCAUGGCGUUAAGAGAACGCGUGAAGAAGAGGAGGAAUCAGACGAGAAUGAUGUUUCGAUGGAAGAGGAUGAGGACGAUGCCCCUAUGGAGGAGGACGAUGACGACUGA